AAAACAGAUCUGAAAACACACCUGGAACCGCAAGAGGAACAAAACAACUCCUGUUUUCUUUUGUUUCUUCUUCUGUUUGUUGUGUUUACUGUCGUGUUGUGGAAUGGCAGGUUCCUCCAGCGCCCCUUUGUCCCGGACCUCCAGCCCGCACACCGACCCUCUGUUCCACCCUGACCCGCCUUACAGCGCUCCGAACCCGGCCGGCUCCCCGCGCCUCCCCGUUGCCCGUCUGUCCGGAGCCUUCCUGAGCGGCAGAGUCCCGGUGGGUGUGAACGGUGUGACCCAGGCCGGUCCUGCCCACACCGAGUGCCGGAUGGUGGAGGUCCACGGUGUGAAGGUGGCUUCGUUCACGGUGAACGGAGUGGAGCUGAUCUGUCUGCCGCAGGUGUUCGAGCUGUUCCUGAAGCACCUGGUGGGCGGACUGCACACCGUCUACACCAAACUGAAGCGGCUGGACAUCAGCCCCGUGGUGUGCACCGUGGAGCAGGUGCGCGUCCUGCGGGGACUCGGGGCCAUCCAGCCCGGAGUGAACCGCUGCAAGCUGAUCACUAGAGCCGACUUCGAGACGCUGUACCGGGACUGCACGAACGCCAGCUCUCGUCCAGGUCGUCCUCCAAAGCGAACUCUGGCUGUGGCCACAAUGGCAGAUGGCUCCAGACUCCUCCCACAUGGUCUCCUAAGCCCCGCCUUGCUUUCACAAACAGGUGUGACAGCAGCAGUUGCCGAGGCCCUGAAGUUGCAGAAGAUGAGGAUGAUGAUGGGUUUCCAUGGCAACAACCACCAGCACCUGAACGGCACUGAGUCUGAGAACGAUGACACAGGAUGCAGUGAAGGCUCAUGGGAUAGGGCUCCUCCCCCCUCUUCGAUGGGGGCAGGACCUCAUACUGGCUCUGCUUCUUUGCACCUCAGCACACUGCAGCAGCACAGCGCAUUAAUGGCCAACCGUCUGACUGAUUUGCCUUUUAUGGUCAUGCCACACCCCCUCCUUCAGGUAGGCCUGCCUCCAGCUAGCGUUGCCAUGGCGAUGAACCAGAUGAACCAACUGAGCGGUUUGGCAAACAUGGCUGCCAUGACACAGCAGGAUGACAAGGACACUCCCCAAGGAAGCCCCUCCCCCUGCUCCUCCCCCAGUAAUGAUGAUGAUGAGCAACGCCCACAAGAGCCAAACAGUCAAUCACCUUCAAGAGUUUCUUCAUCAUCCUCAUCCUCACCUGCUCGAGCUCAAACCCCAGACUUGAUUACAUCCACAGAUGGUGAAACUGCAGAACAAGAGAACAUUAAGAAGGUGCUGAAAGAGAAAGAGGAAAGCCUGUUGCCCCUCCCCCUUCUCAAACCAACUUAUGAGAAGCUGCCACUCUCAACACAGCCACUGUCAGUCAACCAGCCCGACUCCGCCUUUGCUCCGUUCCUAUUAGCUGAGGGACUGUCCUCCAUGGAGACACUGCUGACCAACAUACAGGGUCUCCUCAAAGUGGCCGUAGACAGCGCUCGCUCUCAGGACAAGCAGAACCAGCUGGAGAGGAAAGAGUUAAAACUGGAGCUGGAGCGAGAGAGGGAUGCCCGACAGACACUGCAGAGACAGCUGAGCUCUGAGCUGCACACCUCAGCGUCAAUCCACAGGAGGCUGAAGAAGGAGAAGAAGGCCAAGAGGAAGCUGCAGGAGGCCCUAGACUUUGAGUCGAGGAGGAGAGAACAGGUGGAACGAGCGCUCAAACACUCUGACUGUCUGACAGAUGCAGUGACUCCUGACAGCGAAUUGGAGAACAAACAACAGGAGAAUUCUGCAGUCCAAGAAAAUAGACCGUUCACCAAACCUCCACUGCUCUUCUGAACCUGCGAACUGUUCCACACCAUGACGAUGAAGAAGAAGAGGAGUGAGAAACCGCAGAACCUCUUUGAAAAGAAAAACAUUGACAUGACUGAAAAAAUACAAGAUAAAUACUCAAACUCCCAUUAGUCACUUCAGUAUGUAUCUACUAUUAUUAUUAUAAUCAUAGGUGAUAAAAGGAGGAGUUUGAUCUUACGGUCACAUGAUGGAUGUCUCAACUGUAGGAGACGGAGUUUAUUGAACUGAACUUAUUUCAUCAAUCUUACAUGUAAUGUUUUUAUUUAUAUUUAAUGUUUCAUCAUGAAGUUCUGUUAUGAAAUUAAUGAAAACUGAGAGAACAGGCAACAACAGCAGCGCAUUAAAACUAUAAAAGAUAGAAUAAGACAAAAACAACACAAAACUGUUUGUUUAUUUGUUCUGUAAAAUCAAAUAAAUGUGUAGAUUUUAUCUCACAGAUUAGAAAAAGAUGAUGCUUGUAAGAACAACAGCCCAAGGUUUAGAAAACCUCAGCCAGAAACCUAUUUUGUAAGAAUUUAAAUACUUUUAUUAUUUCAGUAUUGUGGUAAAUUUUUCUCUUAUGUUUAAAAAUAUAUAGUUUGACCCAGAUUGUGAGAUCAACACAUUUUACUCAAUAAACUGUUAAUAUUCACAGGUGUAAAUUCAUACAUAAUACACCAUUCUUACUGCUUUUUAUAUAUAAACCUAUAAGACUUAAAUUGUAUUUCCAUUUCCAAAAGCACAGAAAUUAAAUCAAAACUUACAUUGCCUGUUCUUUUUUUCAUUAUACUUUAGUUUAACACAGCAGGUCUUCUGUUGUUUAGUUGUUUAUUUGUUUAUUCUGAAUUAUGUUUUGUGUUCAUACUGUUCAUUGUACACUGUUCCUGUACAUAUUUCAGUAAAAAAAAAAAGAACUGUUCAAAGAAGACAAAGUUGUUUCUGUUCCUGUAGAACCAUUACUCAGAUUUUAAAAUAAAACAAGUGUUGUUUUUACGCAUGUUUACUCAUGUUACUGAAAAUAAAACCAUCAGAUUUUGA